AACUCACAAAAGGACAUGGUUUUGUUCAUGUUGUCGGAAUCUAAAAAAAGGGCUACAACUUGGGAAGAUAUUACAAAGAAACAUGAGAUUGUACAAUGCGUAAAGGUUUUUUGUUGUUGUUAUUCUCUCACUUUUAUGAAAAUAAAAAGAAGAAAACUUUGGUUUUUGUUGAUUUUUUGUUGUCUCUGUAACUUGUACUCGUCAGACUCAGAAUCCAAGCAGACCAGCGCAAUAAAAGAGUAA